AUGGCCUUGGGAGCUUUGGGUGUCACCAAGAGUCACCAAGAGUCCCCAAGGCCAUUGGGUGUCCCCAAGGCCAUUGGGUGUCACCAAGAGUCCCCAAGAGUCCUCAAUGCCAUUGGGUGUCACCAAGGCCAUUGGGUGUCCUCAAGAGCUUUGGGUGUCACCAAGAGUCCCCAAGAGUCCUCAAUGCCAUUGGGUGGCUCCAAGAGUCCCCAAGAGUCCCAAAGGCCACUGGGUGUCCCCAAGAGCUUUGGGUGUCCCCAAGAGUCCUCAAGGCCAUUGGGGUGUCCCCAAGAGUCCCCAAGGCCAUUGGGUGUCACCAAGAAGGUCCCCAAGAGUCCCCAAGACCAUUGGGUGUCCCCAAGAGCUUUGGGUGUCCCCAAGAGACCCCAAGAGUCCUCAACGCCAUUGGGUGGUCCCAAGAGUCCCCAAGAGCUUUGGGUAUGCCCAAGAGUCCCCAAGGCCAAUGGAGUCCCCAAGAGCAUUGGGUGUCACCAAGAGGGUCCCCAAGAGUCCUCAAGGCCAUUGGGUGUCACCAAGAGUCCCCAAGAGUCCUCAAGGCCAUUGGGUGUCCCCAAGAGUCCCCAAGACCACUGGGUGUCCCCGAGGCCAUUGGGUGUCACCAAGAAGGUACCCAAGAGUCCUCAAGACCAUUGGGUGUCCUCAAGAGCUUUGGGUGUCACCAAGAGUCCCCAAGAGUCCCCAAGGCCAUUGGGUGUCCCCAAGAGCUUUGGGUGUCACCAAGAGGGUCCCUAA